AUGUCAAACGUCAACAAACAGUUUUGGAAGCGCCUCAGAGGCUCGGAGGCUCACGUUCAGUUCAGUGGGUUAGGUUACCGCAUUCUUGUGUUGCUACAGCUGCACGCGGGCGGGAGCCCGUUCGUUCUUCGUUCGUUCCAGGUCGGGUUGGGUUUAGGCUCAGAGCACUGCACGUCGCCCAGCUCCAUCCACGGCACGCCACGAAACACGCUCCGAGAAGAUCCAGACCCCCAACUACGUCCUCUUCCCUCCCUUUCCCUUCCCCCCCCGAAGCUCCCUUUCCUCCAAACUUUCAACGGUGUACACUGCACGUACACAGCAGCAACACCAAAAAGACAAGAAAAAGUCAUGGACCCCUCAUCGCCGGCAAAGAGACGCGCCCUCGCGCCCCUGGACGCGAACGUGAACGCGAUAUCGUCGCCCACGAAGCUGCACAAACACUCCAAGCUGGGGGCGGCGCCCCAAUCGCCGCGUAAGAGCAGCAUCGGCGGCAGCCCCGUCAAGUCUCUCAAUCUCAAGAGGUCCUUUGCCGCCGCCGCCGUCGACAUCUUUGACGAGAACGCACUUGUUCCCAAGAAGAAGCAGUGUCAGGAGCCCGCCUCUGCUCUUGCCGCUGCUUCUAAUGCUACUACUACUACUACUACUACCACCACCGCUGCACCCGUAGCUGUAGCUGCACCUGCGCGAGAAGUUGCACUGGCACCUGAAGCUACAUCACCAGUUCCUGCUAUUCCAUCUGCAUCCGCGGCCGCAUCGACUCCCGCACAGACGGAGAUGGAGAUGGACGUUGAUCCCGAUGCCACGGAGACCCAGAGCGAACAAUCAGAAGAGCAGAACCAGCAAAGCGAACAACAACUAGAACCCGAGGUGGUGCAGGGCGAGAACGAACUGCUGCCAGAACAACAGCAGAAAGGGUCGCGGCACGAGACACCGCGAACCCGCUCCGCGUCCCCCGCAGACACGUCGGCCGUGUUCGACACCUCGGCCAUGGACACGUCCCAAAACACCACCAUCCUCACCGAGCCAGACGCAGAGCAGGCUAGGACCCUGCCGCCGCCGAGGCCGAGGAGGUUAUUGACCCGCGAGGAGGCGCGACAGAAAGCUCGAAUCCUUCGACUGAAACUCGGACUCGCGAAUUACAAGCUCCAGACAGGGCAGGAGAACGUGCCGCUUGACAAGCUGGAGGUGAAGCCGCGACCGGGGCAGCAACCGCAGGAGACGAAGAUGCAAACGCAGACGCAGACGGCGGAGAGGGCUCUGCCGAGGGUCAUGGUGCAGCCGCCGUCAAGACGUGAUGGCCCCCCCGAGAAGGACGCCGAGGAGGAGGUUGUCGAGGAGACUGAGACGGACGAGCCCGCGCAAUCGCAGGAGUCCGCCGAGGCCGAAGCGGCGACGACACGGGCACCACAGGUGCAGGAAGAGAAGGAAUCUCAGAACGUAGUCAGCGUCCUGCCGCGUCUCGAUAUGGAUAACCUCAAAGCUGGCAACGACGAAGACGAGCCGACGAGUGCUGUUUCGGGUGGUAUCGUGAGCAGUCUGCUCAGUUUGGCGAGGGGUUCGUCAUCCUCCGUUUCUACUUCGUCAUGA